GGACAAAGCUGGGACAGCUGACCCCGUAUAAUCCAUAACAUCAUGCCCACCAAUAAAACUGGGUAGAGGAAAAGGGUGAGACAGGGGCUGCAUUCAAAGCUGUUUACCAGAGACUUGUGGUCUGCUUGUGGGCUUUGGUAAAACCCAGUUCUUCAGUAUCUGAGGAUGGAUAAAGACUUCCGCUACUACUUCCAGCACCCGUGGUCUCGCUUGGUUGUGGCUUACUUAGUGAUCUUCUUUAACUUCUUAAUAUUUGCUGAGGACCCAGUAUCUCACAGCCAGACAGAAGCCAAUGUUAUUGUUGUUGGUAAUUGUUUCUCCUUUGUAACAAAUAAAUACCCUGAAGGAGGAGGCUGGAGAUUCUUGAAGGUGUUUCUGUGGCUCCUUGCCAUUCUCACAGGACUGAUAGCUGGGAAAUUUCUCUUCCAUCAGCGCUUGUUUGGUCAGUUGCUCCGUCUGAAAAUGUUUCGAGAGGACCAUGGGUCUUGGAUGACAAUGUUCUUCAGUACCAUCCUCUUCCUCUUCAUAUUUUCUCACAUUUAUAACCUGUUCCUCAUUAUGGCAGGGAAUAUGAGUGCAUACAUUAUAACAGACUUCAUGGGCAUCAGGAAUGAAAAUUUUAUGAAGGUAGCUGCAGUUGGGACUUGGAUGGGAGAUUUUGUCACAGCAUGGAUGGUCACAGAUAUGAUGCUUCAGGACAAACCCUACCCAGACUGGGGAAAGUCUGCCAGGGCUUUCUGGAAGAAAGGAAACAUUAGGAUCGUUUUAUUCUGGACGGUUCUGUUUACUCUGACCUCUGUAGUUGUGCUUGUCAUCACUACUGACUGGAUCAGCUGGGACAAGCUGAAUCGUGGAUUUCUGCCAAGUGAUGAGGUCUCAAGAGCCUUCUUGGCUUCUUUCAUCUUGGUGUUUGACCUUCUUAUUGUCAUGCAGGACUGGGAGUUUCCACAUUUUAUGGGUGAUGUUGAAGUGAAUCUUCCAGGCUUGCCCUCAGCACACAUGCAAUUCAAAGUACCUUAUUUCCAAAAGAUACUGAAAGAGGAAUAUCACAUACAUAUAACAGGCAAAUGGUUUAACUAUGGAAUUAUCUUCCUUGUUUUAAUCUUGGAUCUGAAUAUGUGGAAGAAUCAAAUAUUUUACAAACCUCAUGAAUAUGGUCAAUAUAUUGGUCCUGGACAGAAGAUCUACACAGUGAAAGACUCAGAGAGUUUGAAAGAUCUUAACAGAACUAAGUUAUCAUGGGAGUGGAGAUCCAAUAACACUAACCCAUUGACGAACCGGACCUAUGCCGAAGGGGACAUGUUCUUGCACAGCAGGUUCACAGGUUCCAGCCUUGAUGUCAAAUGCCUGGCUUUUAUUCCAAGUUUGCUGGCUUUUGCUUUGUUUGGUUUCUUCAUCUGGUUCUUUGGGCGAUUUCAGAAAACUGACCAAGGCAUGGAGAAUUUAGACAAGUCGUACACAAGAAUGAAACGAAAGUCACCAUCAGAUAUGGGAAUGACACGAGAAAAUACACAGGUGUUAGAAGAACCACUGAAUUUUCAAGAACCACAUCUGGUGUCCAUAAAAUCAGACUUAAGUGAAAUAGUUUUUAAUUCUUCUCUCCUAACUUCUGAAAACUUGAACGCACAACUGAAUGAACAAGACAGCCCUUUACAGCCAGUACCAGAGUCCUCUGUCCCUAAGAAUAAUCCUGUGACAUAGAGGAAGAUACCCAGGAAAAUCAGUUUAAAUAAGCAGUUACUCUAAGAUUUCAGUUUUACCUUUUGUAAGUUAAGAUUUACAUAGUGUUUAGAAUAAGAAACUCAACCUAUACCAAGAGGUGCUCAGCAUGCUUUUUCUAGGAAUUUUGGUUUUUUAUUUGUAUUAUAGUACGUGCCUAUUGUAUAUCUAACAUUCCUUUAUAGAUUGCUUCCCAAAAUUGCACAAGCUAUUUAUUAAUACAUUACCUUAACUGUAUAAUAGUGUAUUAGAUGAUUACUUGCAGGUAUAAAAUUCUACCGUGGUGGUGCCUUGAGACAUUAAACUGUUUUUUAACUCAACAGGCAUAUAGCACACUUCUUUUCAUCUGUUUUGCAAAGCUUUUUGUAUAUGGUUGUUUCAAGUAUCAUUUGAUGUCUUGACAGAAGAGAUAAAUAUAGUUAUUCCUAAAAAAGGUUUUCUGCUAGGACAUCACCACUUGACUUUGUUAUUUACUCAUCUGUGAAAUAAGAGAUUUUGAUGACCAGACCACAGAGAAGCAUGUUGAUUACCUUUUAAUUCUUCUGGCUAGCUGCCAAACACAAAUACAGAUUUAUUAUGCAGUAAACAGCAGAGACAUAAUACAGCAUGGGUCACUAGUUGUGAAAAUAUGAGUUUCUCCAUGAGUAAUAGCAAUUAUGUGAUAAUGCCUAAUUAUGUUUUUCUUAAUUAAAGAUAAACUGUGCCUUGAUUUAAAGUUUUGCCCUUCACCUUUUAGAAACAGAGGUGAAAAUACAUGGUUGAAGCAAGUCUUUCCAUCAUCACACCAACCCCAUGCAACAUCAAAGAGCCAAUGGAGUGAUUACAGUAAAGGACACAAAGCCCAUUAAAUCCAGUAUUUUUGCAAUUCAGUUCAGAUAUGGUCUGGGUAAAUGUGAAACAUACAUAGGAACAUACUGCUUAUAGUCUAAUUUCUCCAAAUACUGAAGAAAUGUUGAGGGUUUUUAAUUAAAAUAAAUUACUAGUUAAAUUUUA